UAAUAGAAGAGACGCUGCUGCUGCUGCUGCUGUUAACUUGCUGUUACUGCGUGCGAAUGCCGGAUGCAUGGCAGGACAGAGGCUGUACCAGCAGGGGGCGCUGCUGCUCAACAGCCGGGUCCCAAGACAUAACUGCCCACUGCUGUACUCGUAGACAUGUAAAACAAUGGUUUAAUACGGACUGGGCAUUUUUAUAGCGCCUUUUUAGUCUUCCAACCACUCAAAGUGCUUUACACUGUAUGUCACAUUCACACACACACACACACAGCUUCCUACUUCGACUUGCAGACUGGAGGAGCCGGGAUCGAACCACCGAUUAGUGGACUACCCGCUCUACACCUUGAGACUCAGCCGCCCGUUAUAUCCGAUGGUUAUAUCUAUGGCUGCAACGUUACUGCUGAGCUUCUGCUGCUAGCUAGGUGGAUUCAUGCUUGUGCAUAUUUAGGACCAACCUGCUGAGAACAGUAACUCGACAAUGAUCUUCAUCACUGGGAACCAGGCAAACUACAAGAAAGAAGUUGUAUCUUGGCCAAGCAACUGGUUCCUGGUGGGAUGGACCUCAUUGACCACCUGCUCAGGAACACAGAUGAAACCACCGGUUGCCACAGCAACCAAUCAUGGACUAUCACAAUUCAUGACACCCUGAGCACCGAGGGAAGUGCUGCUGAUGACUUCCUGGACUCCCUGCUGGGUGGAAGCGUUUCCUCCUCGGCUCCAACGUCCCCCCUGUGGUCACCCUGCACCACUGACAGUGGCAUCAACGAGGACACCCCGACAGAUCCCAAAGACAGCUUUCACCCGCCCUUCUGCACAGCCUUUCCAGCCUUUGAUACACGGUCUUUCCCUCAGCCUCCAGCUCCGAAGUACAAGCUACCACCAAAUGUAAAGACGUCUGACGUUUCCAUUGAUCUAGGCUGGGAGUCCGAUGACCUCCAGGAGCAGUUGGGUAUUGCACACUACCUCACUAGGAGCCAAACCUCCCCUCUGUCGUCCAGUCAGCCUCUCACAGUGAAGGACCUGCUGCUUUCCAGUCCGGGACAGACAGCGCAGCGAUUCCCCCAGAAUUCCUUGCAAGAGCUUGUUCUUAAUGAGGAUGAGAAGAAGCUUCUGGCUAAAGAAGGGGUGAACUUGCCCAGCAAACUGCCCCUGUCCAAGUUUGAAGAGAGGGUUUUGAAGAAGAUCCAGCGGAAAAUCCGCAACAAGCGCUCAGCUCAAGAAAGUCGGAAGAAGAAGAGGGAAUAUGUUCAAAAUCUGGAGGGAAGGGUGUCUGCAUGCCGUGCUCACAACGUCAAGCUGCAGGGAAGGGUCCAGCAGUUGGAGGAGACUAACAAUGAUCUGCUGGAGCAGCUAAGCCGGCUACAGGCUCUCCUUCCUAACAGCUCCAGCAAAACAGCACAGAGAGGAACCUGCAUCCUGGUUUUGCUGCUCUCCUUCUCCCUGCUCAUAUCCUCAAAUCUUCAGCCAGACCCCUACAGUCAACCCAGCCAGGAAGAGUACACACAGACCAAAGUGCCGCCCCGCACCCUGCAGUCGAUGGAUGAAGGGCGAGACGUCGCUCCUCUUCCUCUCUUCUCCGUUUCCUGGGGCUUUGAGGCCCUGUGCAGGCUGAUGGGCGGAUCUCCCUGUGGUAGAUUUCCAGUCCUCUCACCAUCACAAGCACCGUGACAAUCACUGAUCUCCUCGGGACCCCGAGGAGGAAAGACGUAGCAAAAGAAAAGCAGACUUGCUUGCAGGCGCGGCAUCUAAAUGAGAAGUUUGAUUGCGUUUCAGCAUCUAUUUCUCACUGCAGAGACUGAGUGAGGUGUUAUGUUGUGUUUGCCAUCAGCUCCAACACACAAUCCGCUAGUUGAAAGAUUUAAAUGCAGUUUACUCACUUAGAUGGAGGGUGGUGAGGAGGUCAUCCAUUUGCUUUGGAAAACGGAGCCUCAGGGACCUGGUGGAGCAUGUACAGUAUUAUACAUAUACAUACAUAUACUACUGCAAGAUAGUAGACAUGUAGGAUCUUUUAAUCACAAAUGUAUAUUCACUGUUGUAUUUUAUUGUUUACUUUUAAUGUAUAUAUGUUAAAAAAAGUUUCUCCAAAAUGAUUUGCAUUUUUUUGUAACCCUUCAGUGCAAUGCUGGCAAAGCACGAGAUAAUUAAAAUGUUUACUCCAGUGAGUUUUGGAAGCCCCUGAAAGGAUUUGUUUUUUUAUAGUAAUGCCAUGUAAUAAUGUAGCAAUGUGUGAAAA